CAGAAAUUCAACCUCUAUUUCUAUUGUAGAUUGUAGAAUGUAGAAGAAGAGGCUCUCUCUCUCUCUCUACAAAAGAGAAGAACUUUUCGUUUGUCUGUUUCUCUCUCUAGAAAGUCAGGUCAUAUUACAGGAGCGGGUUUUUUUGCAAUAUAAUUUCAGUUUGUUCCUGUUGGUGGUUGCGAUUAUUUCUCACAUUUCAAAAGUCUUUUUCAUUUCUUCUUGCUCUAAAUUUGGCUCUAUUACCCACUUCUUCCUCUUCCUUUCUCUCUCUCUCUCUCUUUUUUCUAUUCUCUCCAAAUUAACCAUCUUUGCUUUCUCACCCUCAGCUCAGCUCUCUCUCUCUCUCAAAUUUCCCAUCUUUCUUUCUUGUGGAUGUUAUGAGAAUUGAAGCUUGAUUGAUGUGAGGAGGAGCACAAGCUCAAUCCGAUUCGAUCAGCUUGCUCAAAACUCUUAGACUACAAGAUUUCUUGUCGAAUUAGGUGAUGAAAAGAUUGUGAUUGUGUGUAAAAGAGAGUGAGUGACCUUUGGCGGUCACAAAGGAGCCCCUGAAUUCGAAGGCGUGGCGGAUCCGUCAAUUGAGAACAGGGGUUGUUACUGCUCGGCUGGUCUGGAGUGCAUACUCAACAUAAUCAGGGCCCUGAGAAUGGGUUCCUGCUUGUCUGCAGAAAGCAGGAGCCCAAUGGCCGGUUCUUCGCCGGCCUCUCCUGGCUGGGGAGCCGCCUCCCGCCGGAGGAAGAGCUCCAAGAAGAAAUCUGCAUCCCGCAAUUCUUCAUUUGAUCACCGCCGGGAAGACCCCGCGCUGCAUAGGAUUCCGGGGAGAAUGUUCCUUAAUGGGUCUAGUGAAGUUGCUUCUUUGUUUACUCAACAGGGCAAGAAAGGAACCAACCAAGAUGCCAUGAUUGUUUGGGAGAAUUUUGGUUCAAGAACAGACACAGUUUUCUGUGGCGUUUUUGAUGGCCAUGGUCCAUAUGGUCAUAUGGUUGCUAAGAGAGUGAGGGAUUCACUUCCUCUCAAGUUGAGCUCACACUGGGAAGUGAACUUAAACAGUGAGGAAGUUCUCAAAGAGAUCAGCCCUAAUACUGCAGGAAGCUUGAAUUCAGAUGAUACCGCAUUUGCGUCUGUUGAUGAAGAUUUCAGGGCCUCCAUUGAUUCUGGGGAAUCAGAAAAGCACCCUGAGAUCUUUCAGACACUGAAAGAGUCGUUCUUGAAAGCUUUCAAAGUUAUGGACAGGGAACUGCGAAUACAACCAAGUAUCGAUUGCUUUUGUAGUGGGACAACAGCAGUAACUCUAAUUAAGCAGGGUCGGGAUAUAAUCGUUGGAAAUGUUGGGGACUCCAGAGCCGUUCUGUGCACAAGAGAUAAAGAUAACACUCUACUGGCAAUUCAAUUGACUGUGGAUCUCAAACCAAAUCUUCCAGCGGAAGCAGAAAGAAUACGGAAGUGUAGAGGACGUGUUUUUGCUCUUCAUGAUGAACCAGAGGUUUGUCGGGUCUGGCUGCCAAACAAUGACUCCCCUGGUCUCGCCAUGGCACGGGCUUUUGGAGACUUUUGCCUCAAGGAUUUUGGUCUGAUCUCAGUGCCUGAUUUAUCCUAUUGGCGUCUCACUGAGAAGGAUGAAUUUAUAGUCUUAGCCACAGAUGGGAUUUGGGAUGUUCUGUCUAACAAAGAAGUGGUAGACAUUAUAGCAUCAGCCCCUGCACGUUCCUCUGCAGCUCGAGCGCUGGUUGAGUCAGCAGUUCGAGCCUGGAGACAGAAAUACCCAACUUCCAAAGUAGACGACUGUGCUGUAGUUUGCCUAUACCUCGACUCAGACACAAACAAUUUAUCAGCUGCUGCUAAUAAUAACUUGAGUGAGCAGCCUACUGCAGUGAAUGAGGUGAAUGCUGGGAGUGAGAAUGAAGAAGAUGUCUCUGUCCCAACUUCUAUGGUCCGCUCAGGGACUGUCCGAAAUGGGGAAGAGAUUUUUCAAGACAAAGAAGAUGAAGAUGAAGAGGAAGAGAGAAGUAAGGAGAAUGCCACAGAGGAACUUAACUCGGAAUCGGGUAUAGAGUGGUCUGCUCUGGAAGGAGUUUCUCGUGUUAACACAUUGUUGACUUUGCCAAGGUUUGUGCCUGGAAAAGAAGACAUGAAGGCCCGGAACAAGGUUUGAUCUUCCCUUGUUCCACAAAAUUUGUUUUGUAUUUUUUUUUUAUAUAUAUUCUUCUUCCUUUUCCUUGUCUCCAAUUCUGUUUUCUUCUUCUUCUUCAACACAAUUGUGAUUUGUAGGGCCAUCAAAGUUAAAAUUUUGACCGGAGAGGGGGGCCCUCCCGACUAUAUUAGCAUGUCUGGGAAAAUUUGUCCUUUCUAUUGUGGGUAGAAUUGAAAUUUUUGUAAAAUCCAACUCUCCGUCCUAUUAUUUAUUUGUUUGAAACAAAUUCAUGUGUAUUAUGUUGAUAAUAAUCUUGUGAUAUGAAGCCUCAUCUUAGUUGCAGUUUGAAAGGUUA